AUGGUUAUGAGAAGUGACUUUCUGAAAGUAGCUUACCCCACUUCUGGGGCUCUUCAGCCUACCAGUUUCCAUCCUCAGAAGUUCCAGUUUACUCAGGAUAAUAAUGUUCUAAGCCUGGAACAGAGAAGAUUUUAUGAAGAAAAUGGAUUUCUUGUCAUUAAAAAUCUAGUCUCUGAUGCUGACAUUGAACGCUUUAGGAAUGAGUUUGAAAAAAUUUGCAGAAAGGAGGUGAAGCCACAAGGACUGAUGGUGAUGAGAGACGUGACCCUUGCAAAGUCAGAGUAUGUUCCAAGCGAAAGAGUGAUCACCAAGGUGCAAGACUUCCAGGAAGACCAGGAACUCUUCAGAUACUGCACCCUCCCUGAGAUCCUGAAAUAUGUGGAGUGCUUCACUGGACCCAAUAUAAUGGCCAUGCAUACGAUGCUGAUAAAUAAGCCUCCGGAUUCUGGCAAGAAGACAUCCCGGCAUCCCCUGCACCAGGAUCUGCACUAUUUUCCCUUCAGGCCCAGUGAUAACAUUGUCUGUGCUUGGACCGCCAUGGAGCACAUCCAUCGGGACAAUGGCUGUCUGGUUGUGCUCCCAGGCACUCACAAAGGCACCCUGAAGCCGCACGAUUAUCCCCAGUGGGAGGGGGGAGUUAACAUCAUGUUCCAUGGGAUCCAGGACUAUGAUGAAAACAACAACAGGGUGCACCUGGAGAUGCAGAAGGGGGACACUGUUUUCUUUCAUCCUUUGCUCAUCCACGGAUCGGGUCGGAACAAGACUCAAGGGUUCCGGAAGGCAAUUUCCUGUCAUUUUGCUGGUGCUACUUGCAAGUACAUCGAUGUGAAAGGCACCAGUCAAGAAAACAUUGAAAAGGAAAUUGUAGGAAUUGCAGAUAAGUUUUAUGGUGUUAAAGGAGAAGUUGACCUGAAGGACGUCUGGCGAUUCCGAGCACGACUCGUGAAAGGACAAAGAAUCAAUCUUUGAACGAGCCCGCUGCUUGUAACUCUUAUAAAGAAAAUCAAAAUGAAACAAGGAGGUCUAAAUGUUUUCUUAAGGAAAUGAUGUGAUCUUUUUCAUCACAAUUAACAAAAUCAGAAUGCAUGUCUAGGUACUUAUUGCAUAAGGUUAAUUUUGCAGUGCAAUGGUGCUUUAUUAGAUGAGAAACUAAUAAAAAUGAAGAUAUUAAUGUUCUAAGGUAAACUGAAUUACAACUAAUAAAGGUGAUUAUAUAUA